UGUUUUUAAUUCUGAUUUUUCCAUUUUAAGCAUUCCUCAACAAACUUUUCAACAUAAACUUGAACGCCAAGUUGAAAUGAAAUCAGUUCCCCUCAUGUGGGAUAUUCCAGAAAGGGAGACAGAAAGGGGGUCACAAACUACAACAAUUGAUCAAUUAAAUAUUAAAUCUUCCCAAUAUGGAGAGCCAGGCAAAACACCAACUAGCACUCCCCAAGAUGGUGUUCCUUUAAUUCAAAAAUUACCAGAACUUGCAGCACAUUAUCGUCGAAUGGCUGAUCAAUUAACCCAAAAAUUAUUAACAGAAUUGGACGAAAUAGGCAAAGGAGGCUUUGAUCCCGCUACAGUUACGGCUGUGUUACAAGAUAAACAUAGAAGUGAUAUUGAUGAAGGAUUGGCAGAAACUGGGGCUCCACAAGACAUUCAACAACAUUUGGCUCGUCAAUUAGAUUCCCAUGUUGCUUCAAUUGUCGUUAGAGAAUUACGCCGUCGUUCAUCCACAACAGCUUUGUUAAAGCUUGAACAGCAACAACAAGAAUUAUUAAAUAAACAAAAAGAAGCAGAAAAGGAGGGAGGAGGGGGAGGAGGGCCUAUUUUAAAGAAAGAUUCUUCUAGCAGCGAUGAUAAUGAAUUUGUUAAAAUUGGUUUUCCUGGAAGUGAAGGCUAG